AUGGCUGUGGCGCUGGAUGCAGUGUGGGUCCGGGUGAAGAACGUGUGCAAGCAGAACGGCCUCCUGAUCUUGUCCGUCUUGGCCGUCGUCAUUGGAUGCCUGCUGGGCUUUUUUCUCCGCUCUCGUCACCUUUCUGAGCAGGAGGUGAAAUAUUUCCAGUUCCCUGGGGAAUUGCUCAUGAGGAUGUUGAAGAUGCUCAUUCUCCCACUCGUCGUGUCUAGCUUGAUGUCAGGCCUGGCAGCCCUGGACGCCAAGUGCUCCAGUCGCCUGGGCCUAAUCACCAUUUCCUACUACCUGUGGACCACCUUCGUGGCGGUGGUGGUGGGCAUCGUCAUGGUGUCCGUCAUCCACCCGGGCGGCGCGGCGCAGAAGGAAGACUCGGAGGACAGCGGCAAGCCCAUCAUGAGCUCCGCGGAUGCGCUGCUGGACCUCAUCCGAAACAUGUUUCCAGCAAACCUGGUUCAAGCUACCUUUCAACAGUAUCGGACAAGAAGCAUCCCAAUCAUGAAGACACCAAAACCCUCCGCCAGCCAGAGCCUGGCCGAGUCCACGACCCGCCGGUCCCUGAUCUACGGCAUCCAGGAUGAAAACGGCACAGACGUCCAGAACUUCUCCCUGGACCUGACGCCCCCUCCCGAUGUCAUCCUCCGUACCCUCCCCGGCACCAGCGAGGGCAUGAACGUGCUUGGCAUCGUCAUCUUCUCGGCCACAAUGGGAAUCAUGCUUGGCAGAAUGGGACCUAACGGCAGUGCUCUGGUCAACUUCUGCCAGAGUCUGAAUGAAGCGGUCCUGAAGAUAGUCGCCAUCGUCAUCUGGUAUUUCCCCUUUGGCAUCGUGUUCCUGGUCGCCGGGAAGAUCCUGGAGAUGAGCGAUCCAUCUGAUAUGGGCAAGAAGCUGGGAUUCUACGCCGUCACUGUGGUGAUGGGUCUCAUCCUGCACGGGCUCUUCAUCCUGCCCAGCAUGUACUUCUUCAUCACCAAGAAGAGCCCCAUUGUCUACAUCCGAGGAAUCCUACAGGCCCUGCUCAUCUCGCUGGCUACAUCCUCUAGCUCUGCCACACUGCCCAUCACCUUCAAGUGCCUCCUGGAGAACAACCACAUCGACCGGCGGAUCAUCCGCUUCGUGCUGCCCGUAGGUGCCACCAUCAACAUGGACGGCACGGCGCUGUACGAGGCCGUGGCCGCCAUCUUCAUCGCCCAGGUCAACAACUACGAGCUGGACUUCGGGCAGAUCAUCACCAUCAGUAUAACAGCCACAGCAGCCAGCAUAGGUGCAGCAGGGAUCCCCCAGGCGGGCCUCGUUACCAUGGUGAUCGUGCUAACAUCUGUCGGAUUGCCUACUGAUGACAUCACUCUCAUAAUAGCAGUUGAUUGGGCGCUGGAUCGUUUCAGGACCAUGGUCAAUGUGAUGGGAGAUGCGCUGGCUACCGGAAUCAUGGCUCACAUCUGCAGGAAGGACUUCAUCAAGGAAGGGGAAGGGGUGCCGCUCAUCUGUGAGACCAAACCUACAGCCAAUUCCCUCCCAGCCAUGACAUAUCAGAAGAAUGGUGGCUACCAGCCACCCCCGGGCAUCAAGCCAGAGCGCAUCCCACCCGACGUCGCCCGGCUGAUGCAGCUGGAAGAGGGAUUGCGUCCCACAGAGAGGAAAAAGCUCCCAGCUCCACACAGGCAUGUGGACAAGGACCAUUGUACCAUCGACAUGAAUGGCCUUGAGACUAACGUAUAGAGUGGACUGCCAUUCUGGCCACACCCCCAUAAUGACCACACCUACCAGUGGCCACACCCCCAUAAUGACCACACCUACCGAUGGCCACACCCCCAUAAUGACCACACCUACCAGUGGCCACACCCCUAACAAUGGUCACAGCCCCAUGGAUAAUUAUUGGUGAGGAUGAAUGCUCCUCCAUCUUGUAUUUUUUUAUUGUUGCAUUUUUUAUACAAUUUUCUGAAAUGGAAAGAAUAUCAGGUGUUUCUGUUUCUAUAUGUAUGUGUACUGUAUAUAUAGAUAUUCAGCACAGAGUUUCUGGGAAGCAGGCUGUACUGUGAUGUAGAUAUUCAGCAUGGAGAUGCUGGGAUGCCGAACCAUGACCUAUUUGGUACGUAAGGUAGAGAAAACAGGGUGGACAAUUCGGGCCUCACGGAAGUUUAAGGGCAAGAUAUUUAGGGAGUCGAAGUGAAGUGUCACCCUUGAAGGACCCGACUGUCACGUUUGAUGGACUAUCAGCAUGUCCUGCAAUGGGACAUGGUCUAAACCUGAUGUGGUUACGAGGCUCCGUGGAAGAUCACUGUUGCCAUAGUUCCAUUCUAACCUCUAGGGCUCCUGGAGGAUAAAGCAUGUUAAAAAACAUCGGCCAUUGUGCGACAUCGCAUGUUCAUGCUACUGUGUCGCGCAGUUCACCAUUACCUCAUGUGUUGGGGGGAUCACAUGACCUCUGCUGCCCCAGAAGUGAGGCAGGAACGCCAACCAAUAGCAAAGGCAGGCAGGUUGGACUACAUGUAUUUACACACAGCUGCACCGCCUAUGCAUACUGUAAAAAAUUCUUAGUCUGAAUUUAACUUUUUCCCCCUUUAAUUUCUGAAAAAAAAAUAGUGAAAUUCCAAAAUGUGCAGUGUCAACCCUGUUUAAAUGUAUAUGAGAAAAGUCCUUUAAAAUGUACUUGUUGAUGUGAUAUUUGAGCUUUUACCCUACAGUAUUUAUACUUUUUGGCCUGCAUUGACUUUGGUAGCUUUUACAGUGCUUGUUUUAUUAUUCAUUACGACACCUGAUGAAAAUAACAGUAUAAAGGUCCGCUAGUUUGCCUGAUUUAACGCCGUAAAGUAAUAAAAUAGUGGAUAAAACAAUGGGAGCAAAAACUGACCGUCAUGAAUUAAUUGGAACGUAUUUGGUUUUUUAUGCUGUCAUAAUGUACAUUGACAGAGGAUUCGUUCAUUCAUGAAUAACAGAUGACAUGCUUUUGCAGAUUCUAUGCUGGAAUUAUCUGGUCUCUUGAUAAUGUUUUGGGUAAUAUUCAUAAAUCCUCAAAUCUUCAGUUUAUGAAUAAAAUACAUCUUUUAUAUUCA